CUGCUCCCAUUUGGAGGUCUGAUUGAACAGUGAAGAUCCAAAAUCCCCAAAAUCUUUCUUCUUCGUCAAUAUAAAUCAUACCUAACACAUCUGUCAUCCACCACAAUUUUCUCCUCUCAUUUUUCCCUGCAACAUUUUAUAAGAGCGGUCCUUUUCCAUUCUUAGAUUCUGAUUCCAAUUUUUAUUGUAAAUACAAUAUGCUUUAAUCCAAUAUACAUUCCUAAUUAAACAGAUUUGAUUUCUAGUUUCUCAUUCUUUCGCGCCCAAUAAUGGCGGCAGCGGCAAAAUUUUCAUUGAUUUUUACUUCUUCCCCGGGAUUGGACCAUGUUGACCCCUCACCGACGAAGCUAGGGUUUGCGAAUUUUCGGGAGAUGUCGGUUAGUUGUCAACGGAACAUUACGUCAGCUUUGAAGAAUUUGGCGCCAAUUAAAGCAAUGGAGGCUUCGAGAACGCCGCCAUAUAAAGUCGAUGUGGAAGUCAAGCCGAAUGGACGUGCAGUUACGAAUGAUUCCGAUGGUUCGAUUCUUCAUGAAACCUCGACGAAUGGAAGGAGAUCCACAAAUAUUAUGUGGCAUAAAUGUUCUGUGGAGAAAAUUGACAGGCAAGAGUUGCUUCAGCAAAAAGGUUGUGUUAUUUGGAUUACUGGCUUAAGUGGUUCAGGAAAAAGCACCGUGGCUUGUGCAUUAACUCAAGCACUCCAUGCUCGAGGAAAGCUGACAUACAUUCUUGAUGGUGAUAAUGUAAGGCAUGGUCUUAACUGUGACCUUACUUUUAAGGCAGAAGAUCGUGCUGAGAAUAUAAGAAGAAUUGGAGAGGUCGCUAAGUUGUUUGCUGAUGCUGGACUUAUUUGCAUAGCUAGCGCGAUAUCUCCCUACAGAGAAGACCGUGAUGCUUGUCGAUCCAUACUUCCAGAUGGGGAUUUUAUCGAGGUAUUUAUGGAUGUGCCUCUAUGUGUAUGUGAGGCCAGGGAUCCAAAAGGCUUAUACAAGCUUGCACGGGCCGGAAAGAUUAAAGGUUUCACCGGGAUUGAUGACCCAUACGAGGCUCCACUAAAUUCUGAGAUUGUGUUGCAUCAGGAAGGAGAGGAUUGUCCUCCACCGGAUGCUAUGGCAGACAAAGUGAUUUCUUAUUUGGAAGCGAAAGGGUAUCUACAGGCAUAAUUUCUAGAGACACCUGCACAUGGUCUGGUUGAGAUACGUAAAGAAAGAGAAUUCUCUUGUUGAAUUUGUUAGAAAAUUACUCGUUUCCGGGUUUGGGUUGGGUUCAAAUCAUCAAUACAGAUGGCGUGUCAAUCAUUCAAUUAACUGUCUUGUGUUUGAUUGUAAUGUACUAUUUGUUACUAGCUAGCUAUUACUAUAGUUGGAAUAAGAAAGGGCUAAUAAUGAUCAGUGUUUGCUGUAGAAUGUGUUGUAAUGUGACAUGUAUGAAUGGUUGGUUGUGAGAGAAAAUUACAACA